UAUCCCCUCAUCACUUACCACAACCUAAGCACCGAUGACGGGGUGCGGAAAUUAUGCGUACGAGGAUGGAGUAACAUGCCUUCUUUCUCGGAUUUUCCGUUGCUUCCUUAGGCGGAUUUCGAUCCUCAUAUGAAUACAAUUUGAUUUCAAGAUUGUGAUCGAGACUCGAAUCUGAGGAAAUGGCAUCAGACAACACACUUCGUAGUUACUCCAUUAUACCGUGCUUCAUCUUUGUAGAGCUCGUGAUCAUGGCGGGAACGGUGCUGUUGGCGUACUGCUUCGAGUGCACGGACACGUUCAGUGUGCACAUCCAGGGCUUCUUCUGCAGCGACGCCGAGCUCCUGAAGCCUUACCCCGGGGGGGAGGAGAGCAGCUUCAUACCGCCCCUCAUCCUGUACUGCGUGGUGGCGGCUACGCCCCCCGCUACUAUUUUCAUUGGAGAGAUCUCAAUGUACAUCAUGAAAUCUACCCGGGAGGCCCUGUUAGCCCAAGAGAAGACCAUAGUGACGGGGGACUGCUGUUACCUGAACCCGCUCAUUCGCAGGAUUAUUCGGUUUAUCGGUGUCUUCGCUUUUGGGCUUUUUGCCACAGAUAUCUUUGUGAACGCAGGUCAGGUUGUUACUGGGAAUCUAGCUCCUUACUUUCUUAGUGUCUGCAAGCCAAAUUACACAGGAACAGAGUGCCGCUUCAACCACCAGUUCAUCUCGAACGGCAACAUCUGCACCGGUGACCAGGCGAUCGUGGAGAAGGCCAGGAAGUCAUUCCCAUCCAAAGAUGCAUCUCUUAGCGUGUAUUCAGCCGUUUACCUGACGAUGUACAUCACAAGCACCAUAAAGACAAAGAGCAGCAGGCUGGCCAAACCGGUGCUCUGCCUGGGCACCCUGUGUGCGGCGUUCCUCACGGGUCUGAACCGGGUCUCGGAAUACCGCAACCACUGCGCCGACGUCAUCGCCGGAUUCGUCCUCGGGAGCUCGGUCGCCCUGUUUCUGGGAAUCUGUGUUGUCCAUAACUUCAGGGGGGUCCACACAGCCCCCUCCAAGCAAAAAACAGAGGAGUACCGUGGGCUCCCACUGAUGACCUUCCCCCGCGUGGAGAGCCCCCUGGAGACCCUUAGUGCACAGAACCACUCAGCAUCGAUGACGGAGGUCACAUGACUAAGAGGGCAGCAUAGAGUUACCUUCGCAUCACCUCAAGAGUUCUAGGCACAAAUGUUUUGUACUGUGUCAUACUGUAAAAAAUGGACAGUAUUAUGGUGUACCUAGUUAGAUGCAGAUGUUUUGUACAUUUUGUAUAAGAGAGUGCUGUAGCUAACCCUUAUUAUGUCAACUUAAAACCAUCACAUCUCAGAAUGUAUGCCUUCCUAGCCGUGUUUUUACAUUACAAAGUAAAUCCCUAUAUAACAUGGUAUUGAAACAUUGAUGUUGUCAUGUGGUAUUUGUAUAACAAACUGUAAAUCUUCCAUAAAGGUCAGAUUUUGUAACCUUUUUGUUAGCAUUGUAUAAACUUACUACUUUGCCCAACUUUGCCUGCAGUUUUUCAGGAAUGUUUUGGUAUUGAUAUAUUUUGGUGUAAAGAAAAGACAACAGACACAUUGUGAUCCCUUAUUGAUGUUUUUUCCUUUGCCAUCUUUACUUGUUCUUUCACUCAGCAUGGAGUAAAGAAAAUAAAUCCCCAUUUGUACUUUGUUUCAACUGCCAUUCCAAUACUAUGUAUUCUUUAUAGAUUUUUGACUUUGUCCACAUUAAAUAAUCUCUUCUUCAGUUCUUAAUUUAA